AUGCCGCCUCAUUAUCCUGUGGAGAACAGGAUGGAGCGAGAUAAUUUCAACAUGCCUGUGUCGCCGGUGGGCUAUUACCCACACUACCAUCGUCGACCAGAGCACAACAUACUCCCCUCAAUCGAAUCCAUAUUUGGGUAUGAACUCGGCCGCCCCGGCGGCCCAAUACCCCCACCAACUACUCCUAGCGGAUUGAGUCCUCCGCCGCACUCUGGCUACUCGCCCGAGUCCCCCACUGCCAUGAGGGCACCAGGAGGAGCCCCUGCAAUGUCGCAGUAUCUAUCAGAUCAUAAGAACGACCCGUGGGGGACAUACAAGCAGGGUCAUCCUCCAUCGGUACAAUAUCCAGGGACCCACAACCACCACCAAACCAUCGAAUAUCAGCAGCAGUCUUCACAACGCUCACCAAGUAAUAAUGGCGAAUUCCCAGACUAUAGCCGCCGCGCGGCCAGUUGGGAUAGUGAAUAUAUUGACCGCAAUAGGUCUUUGGACCGUUCUACACAGCCUAUCAGCCCGACAACAGAGACGAGUAAUUUUGAAUCCGGAACAGAGAUAUACUCGGAGGACCCGGGAGAAAUGUCGGAGAUCAAUAGUGGGAUGGGUGAUACGCAGAGUCAGGCGGGGAGUACAGUUUCAGGGUUGCAUAUGAGGCAGUUUUCUUGCAAGACAUGCAAAUCCACGUUUAAAUGCGAUUCAUUACGACGGUAA